UUGUCGGCGGUGGACGCUUUUCUCGUUCGUUAAGUUGGAUUCGAACUGCCGGCGGAACGUGAACGCCCGUUUGCUUUUCUCUCGUCGUCGUCGUUGUCGUCGCGGCCAGCGCGCGGUUUGUAACACACGUUAGAAAAAGAAGCGUAAAAACAGCUGAGUGUCCUGUGAAAAUUCAGUGUUGUUUACCCGUGUCCCAUUGUGAAAGUGUGGAAAAUUUUAAUUCAACAUCAUCUGCAUACAAAAGUGGCAUUUAAUUCGCAAAACAUCACAUCGUUUGUGAGUGUGUGUGUGCAUGUGUAUGGAUUUGUGUUGGUGUGCGCAUCAUGUGUGACCUACUUCAGGUGCUGAACCACUAAGAAACUGAGCAGCGCGCGGUUUUUUUUUUGUGUGUGGAAUUGUGGAAUCUUUGCGCGUCCCUUCAAGACGACCGAUCGCCCUCACCCGCGGGUUUAGUUUCCUUGUGUGGUGUCGUGUGUGUGUCUGUGUGUGUGUGAGUGAUCGCGCUCCAUAAACCGAGGUGUUGAUUUUGGUUUGGCAAAUAUUAGUCCCUUGCUUGCCGUUGCAAUAGGGAGCCAGUUUGCAAAUGAUUGCAACGAAGUGAUCGAAACCGUCUCCGUCUUCCAGCUGCGAAUCAAUCCAUCAAUCCGGCAACAAGUGGUACCGAGGUGACGUAUGGGAGACGUAAGAGAAGAAAAGGAGAACAAGAAGAAAACCAACAUAUUUGCGAACCCUUGCGAAAAUCUCAUAUCGUGCACGACAGGCACCGAAUGGUUCGAAUGGUGAAAAGCACUUAAAAGAACGGGAAUGAAAUCGAUGCAAUAAAACGCAGAAGAAAAACACACUGAGUAAGAGGGGGGGAUAAAGCGCGAACGGCCGAAGCCGAACGAUUGUCUCCAAUCGAUCGUGGUCACCAGAAAGCUAAAACCAAGCAAAAAGAAACAAAAAACCCGGCAGGCAGAGAGACUACGAGAAAACGAAAACUAAAACAAGCGCCCAAAAAGCGAGCAGCACACACGAAAUAUUUAAAACAAAACCGAAGGAAGGGCGCAGAAAAAAAACAUAGCAAAUAAAACAACUACAACACACGCCGCUGCAGCAGAGUGGAAUAAAUGAGAGCAGCAGGCACCGCUUGUGAGCAACUGGAGCUGGAAAGCGGAAAGCAGGCAGACAAAUAUUAAGACACAAACACACACACCAACGAAAACCAAAAACAAAAACAAAACAAAAAAGCUGAGCGAAAGAUCGUCUUGAAAGGCCCAUGCGAAAGAUUCUAAAGGUCGUGCUUGGAUGCUGUGGCAGUGCGUGAUGCUUGCAGCAGUAGCAGCUGCAGCCAAGUAACUGUAGCUGAUAAGGCUAAUUAAAAGUUGGUUUUCAUCGCUACUGAAUUCCCAUCGAUUGAUACACGACCAUCUAAAUCUUUGGACGCUUCUUGCAGAGCGCGCACGACGUUUGACACUCAGUGCUCAGUGACAGGUUGCGAUCGGGGUUUCGACGCCUCAAGUGUGUUACAAAAAGUGUCGUUGUCGUCGGGCUGUACGUUCUCAACUGACCUCCCGUAGCUUCGAGGCAGUGUUUUUGGGGCGGCGAGCUGAGGAUGAUAGUCUUCGAUGACCUGGAGCACACCGUGGGAGCACUACUGGAGGCGUUGCAUUCGAGCGGCCACUGCCCAUAGUGACACGGCGAAGACUUCGAUCGAGAAAUAAGAAAAGGCUCUGGAGAUUUCGCUGCUGCGUACCGUACCGUAGGGCAGCCGGUGAGGGUGCGAGCCGUGUGAAAACGGGAAUCCGAUCCAUAAAUCACGAAAUCACCCUGCAAGACAGAAGAGAAAACCACGGUCAAUAAAUAAAGGCGAUAAAGAACGGCCGGUGAAAAAGAAGCAUUUAACCAGCAGAACCAGUAGAAAACGAAACGAGAGAAAAGAGAAACGGAUAAAACACGAAAACAGCGUUAUUGCGUAAAGGUAGAAAGGCAAAAACGAGCUAAAGAACGCGGCAGAACGGAAAAGAAACCUUCAGUGGCAGCAGUAGUAAAGGGUGAAAUUUGGUGCGAAGCAAAGGUGAAGAAUAUUUCCUUCCCGUGUGCAUCGGUGCCCACCGCCGGAACGCCGGACAUCCGGGACACCCUUGAAAAGUGUUUUUGUGUGUGCGUGUGUGUGUAUGAGAAAGAAAGUGUAAGAAAGGUAGAGGUGUAUAUUUGAUCGUUGGUGAAGGUGUUGUAGCACCUGUAGGUGAGUGAAUGUAAAGUGUUUGUUUCGAUUGAAUACAAUCGAUUAAAAUAUUCGUAUUGUGCGACCAGUGUGUGUGUGUGUUUGUGUUAAGAUCGUGUAAGAUAUCGUAUUUAUUGCUGUUACUUGUCGGAAGUGUAAUAGUACACGAAAUUACGUUUAUCGCUACGAUCGGAAUCUGAUCAGCAGGAACAGUGUUGAACUAUUGACGAUUUCUGGGAUCCAUCUCGGAGUUGGAGUUUUAAGUUGGAAGAUUCUUGUACAGAACAUUCGAAUCCCCAUUUAUCGAUCUAUAUUAUGUUUUAAGUUGUAAAUGACACCGAUGCAACGAAGAUUUACUUGUGGCAGUAAAUAUAGAGAUUGCCCAACCAAACCAUGCACUAGUGGCACUAGCGAUUCCGGUGGGAAACGUGAAUCAGCCAUACUAACAACAGUAGUAACCCUACGGAAGCGACCGAAAGCGACAACAUCCAACAGCCACCCCCCGGUAUCGAUGAAACGCAGCACAACGAUGGCUGCACCAGCUACCACCGGAAAGAUGACGGCACUCUGCUGCUGCUGCUUUCUUCUCCUACUGCUCCACACAGCGCUGCUGGUGGACGCGCUGCCCAUCACCUCCAAACCGCUGGACAACAAUCCGGACCAUCUGACGUGGGAGGCGGCCUGGCUGUCGGAGGACAGCCGAGCACCGAUGCCGCUCAGCGGCAAGUCGAAAAAAAUCACUCCCAAAUCCAUCUUUAUCACCCCGUUCCUGAACAGCUACAAUACGUCCGCCUGCCCACCGGACUACAAGGUCGACUACAACGGCAAGUGCAUCCAGGUGGUGAGCAUCAACACGGCCGACAUACUGGUGACGAAGCUGCAGAGCCUCUUCUCCCAGCACGGGGACGGCGGGGGCAGCAAUGGCGGCGGGACCGGUGAGGAUGAUUACGAUUACGAUUACGAUUCGACCGGGCCGUUCCAUGUGAACCUACCGCUCAGUAUCGAUCUGCCGCCGGAACCACCGCAGCAGCAAGCACCGGCCGUUAUACCGGCAGCUCCCCAGCUCACGUACAAGGAUGUGCCCGGGCCAAGCUUCUACGACAGUGCGAUGGUCGAUGUGGCGACGGUCGAGCAGGACAAGGCCAAGAUAACGACCGUAUCGCUAGCCGAGCCGGUCAAACCAUCCUCCGAGAAGCCCUUUCCUGCCACGUCCACCGCCAGCGCAGCCGAACAGCAGCCGGUGGUGGACCAAAGCGGCGCCGAAAGUACCGACCACAGUGACAUCUCCUUUGUUGCGUUCGAAACCCUCCCCAACGGUACGCUGGUCGGUCAGGUCGAGCUGGAGGGAAGCAAUAGUACGGUGGUGCAAAGCAUAUUUGUAUCCUCCACUACGGCUGAUGUACCGCUGGCCGACGCAGACAGCGCAACGGAGUCUACGGUCGCUCAGCACGCUGGUGGCGCCGGUACAACAACUGAUCGUACUACUGAUGCAGCUGCUACGGAUGGUGAUGCUGUAGUGAGCACCGUACUCACCACGCAGGAUGCGCCAACGACUACAGUGCAGCAAGGUGAGGCCAGCAGUACCAGUACGACGGAGCAGGACGAGGAUGAAUCAACGCUUACGACCGAUGUUACGAGUACCACCGAACAGGACGAGUCGGAGAUGGAAAACAUGAAGCUAGAGCUGGCUGAGGAGCUGCUGCUGAUGGAUAACAAUCGUAGUUCGCUGGCACCGCUCGAUCCAUCCACUACGGGCUUUGCGGAAAUGGAUCUGGAUACGGUUCCAACGUCCGAAACGCUACCAAGCGACGAACCGAGAAGCACUCAUCAAGAACCUAUCACCGUGAGCACUACGGUCCCACCGCCUGUGCGUCCACUUCUGCCCAUACCUACGAAACCCUCCGUGCAGAUCAUAACCCCCAUCAAAGGGAGCUGGGAUCUGGGUAUGAAGGGUGGAUCGGCUCACCUGUUCGCCGCUAGUCAUCACCAUCUCAUCCAGCAGGAUCGCACCACGCGUGCCACACCGGAAACAACGACGCAGGCGAUCACAGCCGAACGUUCGACCGAGCAACCGACUGUGCUGUCGGUACGUCAAGACUCGAAAGAGGACAGGAAAAACAGCGCAGAGGUGGAUCGGCACGAGGCACUGCAUGCACUGCGCGAGGCAAACGAGGCCAGCAAUCGGUUCGUGUAUCACCAUCUCCCAUCGAUGCCAUCGGUCCCUUCUUCCACCGCAAAAAGCGAGCCUACCUCCACCGAACUUCCAAGCAGCACGACCCAAAGCAGCAGCUUGCUGCAGGUGAGACCGCUCGCUUCGACACCGCCCGCCGGCAACAACAACAACUAUCUCGAACAGUUGCGUAAAAUCAACGAAAUCGUUGCGGAAAAGCGGCGCCACCAGCAGCAACAGGAGCAGCAGCUCGGUGUCGGUUCGUCCAGCACGCGCAUUCGCUUCCCAUCGCGCGACGAAGAGACACUAUCCGGUGCGGCAAGCAACAACUAUCAGCAGCAGCAGCAGCAGCAGAUAGGAAGCGGCGGUGUUCGGUUCCCCGGCUCGGCUAGCAAUCGUCUGCCGGACAUCUUCCCGAAGAAGUCACCGGACAGUACGACCCAGCGGCCCGCCUUCUGGUGGCUCCCGUCCGGCUGGGAGGUAGACCAGACCGGCAACAAGCCGAUGUUGCUGCGCUUCUGGUCCCGAAUGCCACUGGUACGUGACAGCUCCCAGCAGCAGCAACCAUUGACGACGGGAAGUGCCAGUGAUCCUGCUGCGGAGAGCAACAGCAAUCGUUGGCGAUCGGCAACAGGCUUCCAGCAGCAGCAGCAACAGCACCAACAAACACCAGGAACAUCACAUCCGGUCGCGACGGCACGGGGCAACUCCAAGAGUCCAAGCGAAAGCUUCUACAAGGAGGUGUCCGCCCAGGAGGUGUACAAGGUGAUGAACGCCCGACAGCUGAACCAUCAGAGCUAAGCCUGCGUGUCCUGUAAAACUCCAAGCUCCCUCUUCCCCCCUCAUGCUCACCGCCCUCUCCCCUAUUUUCCCCAGAGAGAGGUUUCACCUCGCCCAGGGAGAGAUGAAGGGGCGGCGCGCAACCUUUACCAAAGUCCACACCAGCAGGCUUCGCAAGUCCAGCUUUAAGUAUUACGUAAUAAUAUCCAAUGUCUAACCCCCUUUUUUUGGCGGCGCACACGCAUUACCCCCCACUGAUAAGAGCGGUGGAAACUAGGAGAUUUUGAGUGUGCGUGCGUGCGUGCAUGCGUGUGUGUGCGUGUGUUUGUACAGAAUAGAGACGCGUAGAUGGAUACGCAAUCUCACACAGAAUUGCUCCGAAGAAUUGUGGAGCCGAUAGGACGAUAAGCUUUUGUUAGGGUUUAAGGUAGUCAUCCCCCUUCCCUUCUUCCAGUCAGUGGUGUGUACAUGCUAUCAACUACUUCUUUCACCCGUCGCGCGUCUGAUCUUUCCAGCUUCCCAUUACACCAACCGUAGCCCCCGAACAACCGUCCUCCACAGAUGUACUACUCCCAUAAAACCUUUGACCACUACUACUUCUGGGUGUUGCGCCUCCCUCCCUACACCUACCUGUACGAAUCAGACAAUCUGUGAUAUUGUGUUUCAAAGUUUUGCUUUCUUAUCGAAUGGGGUAAGAAAAAAAAUGGCAAACUAUUUUACAAUCUCUCUACCGCUGUCCGCUCUCCCAAUUAUGCGUCCCAAUUUUAUGCGUUUUUACUUUUAAGUCUUAUUUUCGCAACACUUACGAGGUAUUUUGUUUUGUAUUUGCUUUGCUUUUUUACAUGCUAAAACGAAGGGAAAGAAGCAUUUUCAGCUCAUGAAAGUGCUAACCUUUCCGUUCCGGAUCUUCCAACGAUUGGGAAUUGGAAAUGGGAGUGAAAGAUCAGACGUGUAUCAGGGAUCAUAAGAAAUGUUUUGGAGGAUACCUGAAUGGUAAGAAUCGUGUUCCGUAACACUCUACGCUCAUCUUCAGGAAGUCCAGUAGUAGGAAGUACUCACAACAUGGUAACAGUAUAGAGGAAGUUUCCAGCUGUAGAGCUGUAGCAACCACCAGUACCUUUCGUUCAACGCCGACCAGACUACUACCCUGACUAAUUGUACAUAUUACACCAGUAGCGAACGAUAUACCAUUGUAUUAAGACGUUUUAUUGUAGUAACAAACGGUUCUAGUGGUUAAGAUCUGUAUUAUUCUAUAUUUAUAGAUUUUUAGUGUACUCACCACCACACACGCACACACACUCACACAUCUAGCAACACACAUGAGUUUUAUGACGCGGCCAAACUAGAGAGCAACCCUUACCCCUAUCUACUUAUUAUGGACGCACAUACUUAUACUACACCACCGAGGUGCGAGAUGUUUGUCCCAAACCCCUCACUGUUACUUAUAUGUGUUACACUCUAUAAACCACUACUUCAGCACAACCGUCGUGUUACGUUGGGAGGGGGCCGGCCGUGUUGCGCCGAAUAGCCAUGUGUGCAUUAGAAACUUAAACAAAAACACUUCCUACUAAAUUGUGCAUUGUGCCCUGCACCCUGUCCGUUUUCCCGUUCUUUAGGGAGUCUGUACCACCCCUGUGCAAAUUAUUAGUAGUAGCUGCUGCAACGCAAAAUUGUAUCGGAUGUAUGUGCCAAAUAUAUGUAACUGUGUACAUGGAUGGGUGUUUUUGUGUAUAGGAGAUAGAGCAGAAGUAGAGUUUUUGCGAUCUUUAAUGUUCAUCGUAUUUAAACUAUGUACACACUUUCUCAGUAGGGAGGAAGCUUGGAUUGAUCGAUUUUUUGUAGUAAGUAAUGAUGAUCAUCGAACAACGAACAGCGGUGUUCUAGUAACAGCGUCUGUCAAGCAUCACAACCGAGCCAAAGUGCUCCCCUAUAUGUGUUUUCCACUCUGUUCUAAUUGUACAAUUCUUUCCCACUCGCCAACUACGUACUUUCUCUGUUGUAAGUGUUUAAGAUGUGUUACGCCAAACGUAAGACGCGAUGCGUCUUAUUAGCAAGUGUGUGUGUGUCCCUACCCGCACUAUCCAUCACCGUUUGCACAAUGAGUAUUGAUGUUUAACCGUGUAGUGUAGGGUAGACUAGCAGGUAGAACUGUCUCUGUAUAUACUGUUGUCGCUAUGGAGCAAGUACGAGCGGCAACAAAACACGUCAGGCUUUCGUACACGAAGCAGGAAGGUUAUUACGUAUGUGUGUGUACUGCGUUAUCAUUGAAUAUGACGUCAUAUGGUUCGUGUUUUACCUUGUGUAAUAACCUCUCUAUAGCCUAGCUGCUGUAUCUCUCGAUGUCGUGACAAGCGUCCUAUUGUAGGGACCAUCUUGAUGAAUGGUUAGGGUUACGCGUAAUACACGCGACCGCUGGUAGUAUUCGAACGCACGCAGCAGCGGAAACUCCUUACAUUAAUCCCGGAGCAAUGCAUACGCCUCCCGAUAGCCGUUUAACGCACAAAUGAAAAAAAUGGGAUAUAUGGUGGCUCUGUAUGAGCGUGUGACGUAUGGGUGUCUAGAUGGCAACGAUAAUGGCACAUUAUCUAACCCCUCCUUUUAAUAAACGCUAAAAACAAACGUAUAUAGCAAGACUAUUUUAGAAGAAUACCAACCCACACACGCAGCACACGCACUCACAUUGCCGAGUGAGUAAGUGGCGAAUGUUUCGGAUAACAGUACUCUACCAGUCUAGUAUCUCCUAGAAGGAACGCAUAGUAGACACAUGACUACCGGUAUAUACUUACAGAACAGAACCGUAGAUUUAAAUCACAAAACACACACACACACGUACAGAAAUCAACAAAAGAAGAAAACUAUCGUAAAA